ACGGGGAAAGUCAGGAAAACCCAAGGCAGCCCGGUGGUGCACGGACUUUUCAUGGGCUUCUGAAGGGCGCCAGGGUAACUAUGUCUUUAUAAGGACAUCCGUGUAUGUCCUUAUAAAUAUGCAAAUCGUGGCAGCGCCGAGCUCAUUCCAGUUCCGAGAGGGCCCACACCCACCUCUUGGUCUUCCCAGUCGCCUACACCGAGCGGGCCGGGGGCUCGCUCUGGACCGGACUCGCCUCUCCCGGGGUGCCUGCUCCGCGGGAUGUGCUCUGCCCCGCCCCGGGCGCCCGCCACCCAGCCCCUCCCUCAGCGCGCACCGGGAGCCCAGCCCCGCCCCCGGCGCGAGCCCGGAGCCCCGCCUAGCCGCUCAGCUCCGCCCCCGGAGAAUGCACGGAGCCCCGCCCGUCCGGCAGGAAAGCGCAGGCUCGGCGCCACCGCCCACGCUCGCUCCUGCCGCUGGUGUCUGGCUGGGGCCGCGCGUGACCGGCAUGAGGGCGUUCGCGGGCCAGUGACCGUGUCGGGGAUGGACUGCGGCUCCGUCGCGAACGAGAGGCCGAAGCGCCGCCGGCGGCUUCUGCUCUCCCUGGCCGCCGGCCGCGGUGGAGGCCCCGGAGGCCGCGGCGUCCCCACGCGCCGCCUCCCGCCCGGGCUCCUCGGCGGUCUGGGGGCGCUGCGUCCCAGCGCCCCGGCGGCCCGCGGCGGCGCGUCACGUGCCUCCCCGCUGCUCCUCCUCCUGCUGCUGCCCUCCCCGCGCUUGGCCGCUGCCACCCCGCGCCGGCCGCUGGCGGACUGGGAGCGAUCGCGCGCCGGGCCCUCGGCUGCCCCGGCAGGGCGCGGCGGCGCGAGGAGGUGCCAGCCGGGCCUGGCCCCGGGCGUCGCCUGUGCGGCGGGCGCGCUCCACCUGUGCCUCGGCCAGGUGGCCGCCCUCGCUUCCUCCAGGAGAGAGCUGAGCGUCUGUGCUGGGAGCCUGCAUCUGGAGAGCAAAAGGAGAGAUUUCACGUCUUUUCGGAGUAGGAAGCUCUACUUUGACACCCAUGCCUUAGUGUGUUUACUCGAAGAAAAUGGGUUUACUACUCAACAAGCAGAAAUCAUUGUCUCUGCCUUAGUCAAGAUCAUGGAGGCCAACAUGGAUAUCGUCUACAAAGAUAUGGUCACCAAGAUGCAGCAGGAGAUCACUCUUCAGGAAAUAAUGUCUCAGAUUGCUAAUGUGAAAAAAGAUAUGAUUAUUUUGGAGAAGAGUGAAUUUUCAGCCCUCAGAUCAGAAAAUGAGAAAAUGAAACUUGAACUACAUCGGUUAAAACAACAAGUAAUGGAUGAAGUGAUCAAAGUCCGAACAGAUACCAAAUUAGAUUUCAAUCUAGAAAAGAGCAGAGUAAAAGAAUUGUAUUCAUUAAACGAAAGGAAGCUGCUGGAAGUAAAAACAGAAGUGGUAUCAUUGCACGCGCAGCAAGAUCGGGCCAUCACGCAGACAGACAGGAAGAUAGAUACCGAGGUUGCUGGCCUCAAAACCAUGCUUGAGUCACACAAGCUUGAUAAUAUUAAAUAUUUAGCAGUUGACUUUAUAACUCUGAGUGGUGGUGGACGAAGCAAAGAAGACUCCACUCAGCUGGGCCAGUGAACUUGGUCUAACCUUUGGGACAUACCAACAGUAAAUAUUUGUAUAACUCUCCACAACUUUAAAUCUUUUGUUUUAAUCGAGGAUUUGGGGUCUCCAAUUAAAAGGCACAGGAGCUUUACUAAGUGCUGAAGAAUCAUUGUAACCAAACCUAGAGCACUGAAUCCUCUUCACCUACUGACCCAGACCCUAAUGCCAGCCGGUCCCUGUGUUAGAGGUUGAGUUUCAAGUCCAUUUGGUCGGUAGCCUCAUGCUACAUUGUACUUUACGCCCAAAAGAGAUUUUUUUCUUGUAAUUUCCAUUGUCUUAGUUAUUGUUCUGUUCAUUUUCUGUGUGCCUUCCAGCUAGAAAAUCUUGUUGCCUGAUGAAGCAUUGUGAUUGGGAUGCAGACUCUCUCAGCCUCCUAGAGUGGUAACUUCCUCUCCCUCCCUCCCUCCCUCUCACUUGGCCCCUUCUCCUCUCCUCCCUCUUGGUGUGAGAGUUGUUACAACGCUCCAGGUGUGGCAGUGCCUCCCUAGAAAACAGGCUCGCUCUCGGCAUGGAAGUCUACUUCAGUCUGUGGGACAGGGUUUCUUCCUUCUGGUCUUCGUCAGCUUUUUAUACAAGGGAGGCACAAGGUGUAACUUCUGUAGCAAUAUCUAGAUAUGUAGAUAGUGCACGUACUUUUCAGAAAUGUCUUUAAUGAAUACGCCUUUGCCCAUUACAAGCUCAGGUCAUAGGCUUUGAAAAUUAGAUAACUGUCAUGCCAGGUAUCAUCCUAAUCUAGGUUGAUUUCUUUGGUUGUUAAAGACAUUCUCAUACCAACCUUACCUCUGUAUUUAAAACAAAUUCCAAGAUACAACUGGGAGUAUUUUGGAGACGCACAUUCUCAUCUUACUUGAAUGACCUGCACGUAGAGAGAAUAGCAUUUGAGAAAUGAUGACAAUGGCAGCUUCCUGUCUUUCUCCACGUGCACGCGUGUGCAUAUCACCUGGUCCAGUGGAGAAACCACAUAGAGACUUCUGGAUCAAACUGGUACAGGUACCCAUCAUCACUGUUCCAUCCACACUGGUGAAAAGUUACCCUCUGUCCUUUGGGUGUCAUUUCUAAACUUUGUAAAGUGUAAGUCAUUGCCUUGUUUGAAACAUUUGUGUAGCAUAAAGAUUCUGAGCUCCAGAUAAGUAUAAACAUCAAGUACUUUGGCAUGAGUGGUGUAAGUUUCAAAGUGAAUAAUAACUUAAUCUUUUUUCAACUAGAUCCAAAAUUAUCUUAACUGGCUCAUAAAAUAUUUUAUAGAUAUAUUCUUCCCCUUUCAGAGAAGGAGCCCCAGAAAAUACUGUACAUUUAACAAUUGCCCUAAGUAUUAAAGAGUUAAAUAAAUGACAUCCCAUUAAGACCACCUUUGCAAUAUAACUUUGGCUAGUAGGAGCUUGAAGGAGCUUGGAGCACAGACACUCCUCCAAAAAAAAAGAAAUCCCCAAGAGGAAAAAAUACUAUGUGCAAUUCUGUUUCAAAGCAAAUAAUAACUUUUAUAGGUUAAAAACAGAAAGUGAAGUGACCUUAUAGCCUGACAAGAUAUUUUUUAAAUAACAUUUCAGUUGGGUGACUCUGUCCUCUGUCAGAAGUAUCCCAGAUGACAUUCCUGCUGGUGAUGAUGGGGGCACAUCAGUCUGUCAGUUAAUUUGGACCACUGAUUUUGCUGCCGAGUUCUCUGCAGUACAGAACAGCCCCCCACCUUCCCUGCCUUGAGAACUCUCCUUUUGGUGACCUGGAUUGCAUGCGUGUACGGAGGCUGGGAGGGUUCAGGACCAUGUUCCCUUUCUUUAGUCACGUGUAUUCUACUUGAAAAGCAUAAGCGCCAGAAAUACAAGUGUACCCUUCCUGGUGUGGGCCCAGACGUCUGUGAACACGUACGUGACUGGGACUGGACACAGUGUGAUGGCUCCUGAGCUCACCGGGCUUAGAGGAUGUGGGUCACUUUAGGAAACUCGGCAUUAGCACUCAUAAGGGGGAAGAUGCCUGGCAGAAUUCCCAGAUACCCUGCGUCUAGCACGUGGGGAAAUUAGCCUUAGCAAGGUCCUGAAAAUUACCCGUCCAGGCACAGGUGCCUAAAGCAGAACGUCAAGUGGUCGGAAUCUGUAUUCCCUGUUCAUGCACAAAUCACUUAGGAGGUUCCUCCGCCCUCCUGCGUUCUCUCCCCUCCCCUACUCUUUGUCUUUUUUAAAGAGCUUAAACUCCAGCCCCACUCCUUUCCUGGACCCUUACUAAGCGAGCCUGUUUGUGUGUGCGGUUCUUUACAAGAAACGUGAAUUUUGAUUUCUGUGCUGGUCUAAGUCCUCAGCUGGUUUUGCAGCUCAGUAUCUAACAAAACUCAAUCUGAAUGUCUUCGUCUUUUCCCUUAAGUAUGCCAGUUACCUCAGCUGAGAAGUCACAAGUUCAGGAGGAAAGGCUUGACUCAAACCAGCCAUCUUACUGGAAUUUGCCUCUGAACUCUUUAAAAACCAAAAUCCUGAGCCGCGGUGUCCCUGUCGCUGCCUGGGUGGCGUCCCUUUGCCGCCACGUGGAGCCAUGGGCUUUUCCCUCUGUUCCAGGCUCCUCCUUUGCAGCCUCUCCUCCUGUUAAUUAGCUGUGUCAGCGUUGGCAGGCACCUCUCUUCCUCCCCCCGAUAUGCUGUGUUCUUAAGAAUUUUGGCGUCAUUUCUGAACAAAUGUCAUAUAGAUGGCACUAUGGAACUCAUGUCUAGAAAACUGGCUCUUAACAUAUGUUUAUCAAAUGUGUUGUGACUUUUCUGACACUAAAGCAAAAACAUGUUAAUCAGGAAUAAUUUAUUCUUUAUAUAAAAUGUUUGAGACUGUUUAGCCUUUUAUCGGAAUUUCAUUUGGAAAAUAUCAGUCUUUCUACAGAUUUAUAACCUUUGUUCCUCUGAUUAUAACCCAAACCAUUUCUUAACCCUUUCGUUACUUAAGCAAAUAUUCAAUUACAUUUUACUGUAUAAUAGAGUGGGCAUAAUAUUUUUAUGAUCUAAAAUAAAAUAUUUAAUUCUCUCUA